AUGACUUCGCAAACAGCUAUGGGUUCAAUGGCAGUCUCCUCGCCUCUCGGUACAAGCCAGCCUCGAGUUAAAUGUGAGCUUGUGAGGCCUCUCACGGAAAGGGCUUGUGAAAAUUCAACUAACGGCCUCAUAGCCAUUGUUGCCGACGGCAACUCAUUUGCUCUCAAUGGCAAGAACAUGUCUUACCGUUUCCACGUUGACGAAAAGACUGGCGACCUCAUGUCCGACCACUUCGGGGGCUUGGUCACUGAGGAUCCUGCAAUCCCUGGGACCACUCCACCAAACGGUUGGUCGACGACGAGCCAUCUCCGUCGUGAAUUCCCCGAGCUCGGCAAGGGCGACUUUCGCAAUCCUGCCAUCUUCAUCAAACACCACGAGGGUUUUACUGUUAGCCACUUCAAGUAUCAGUCCUACGAGGUGAUCGAUGGCAAGCCAGAGUUUGCUGGCCUCCCUGCCACUUUUGGUCACGCGGACGAGGUCAAAUCCCUAAUUAUCCAUAUGUACGACCCACACUCGCAUGUUGCGGCGGAUCUUAUCUACUCAAUAUUCGUGGAUCAUGAUGCAAUUGUUCGUCGGGUUGUGCUCACCAACAAGAGCAAUAACCCUGUUACAAUUGAUAAAAUGGCUAGCAUGAGUAUUGAUCUCCCAUAUGCAGACUAUGAUAUGAUCGGUCUGCGUGGCGAAUGGUCGCGGGAACGUUCGCAAUUUCGUCGUAAGGUUGACUACGGCAUGCAAAGCUUUGGCAGCAACACUGGGUACUCCUCCCAUUUCUACAACCCUUUCCUUGGUAUCACAUCGCAAACCACGACUGAAUCGCAUGGCGAUGCUUGGGGCUUCUCUCUGGUAUAUUCCGGCUCCUUCCUCGCAGAAGUCGAGAAGAGCCCUCACGGUCUUGUACGCGCCUCCAUAGGCAUGAAUAAGUAUCAGCUCUCCUGGCCUCUGCAGCCAGGCGAGACUCUCGCCUCUCCUGAAUGCGUCGCCGUCUACUCGUGCUCGGGCAUGGGAGGGAUGUCGCGUAAUUUUCACCAGUUGUAUCGCCAUAGUUUGAUCAAGAGCAAGUUCGUUAACGAGACGAGACCAUCCCUUCUGAAUAGCUGGGAAGGUCUUUACUUUGACUUCGAUGAGAAGAAGAUCGAGAAGCUCUCAGUGACAGCAGCUGGUCUUGGUGUAAAACUCUUUGUGCUCGAUGAUGGCUGGUUUGGCGUCAAACAUCCCCGUAUCAACGACAAGGCUGGCCUGGGUGACUGGACUGCCAACCCAGCCAAAUUCCCCUCUGGCCUUAAAUCCGUCGUUGACAAGAUCACCCAGCUCCCUGUGGCAGGGUCCCACGACAAACUGCAGUUCGGCAUCUGGAUUGAGCCAGAGAUGGUGAGCCGCAAUUCGGAAUUAUACGCCAAACAUCCCGACUGGGUGAUGAGCGCCGGCCCCCACGAUCGAAGCGAGACGCGGAACCAACUUGUCCUUAACAUGGGCCUCCCGGAGGUGCAGGUUUCAAUCAUAGCCACUAUCUCGACAUUGCUCGAGGGCUCAAACGUGUCCUAUGUCAAGUGGGACCACAACCGCGCGAUUCACGAGAGCUCAGCACCACAUAAUUACCACAGGUACAUUCUCGGCAUGUACAAAGUCUUCGAUGCCCUCACAACCCGCUUCCCCAACAUUCUCUGGGAAGGCUGCGCAGCGGGUGGUGGGCGCUUUGACCCAGGCGUGUUGCAAUAUUUCCCUCAGAUUUGGGCAUCCGAUAACAUGGAUGGCGUGGACCGCAUCAACAUCCACUUUGGCACAUCGGUCGUUUACCCUCUAUCCUCAAUAAGCGCACACGUUGGAGCUGCUCCCAGUCACACAACCAAACGUACUCAGUCACUCGAAUUUCGGGCCCACGUGGCCAUGAUGGGCGGCUCCUUCGGAUUCGAACUCGACCCUGAUCAGCUAGCCGAGGACGAGAGGGCAAAAAUCCCCAGUCUCAUCGCCCUGGCGGAGAGAAUCAACCCCAUUGUCAUCACCGGCGACCUCUGGCGGUUGAGAUUACCCGAGGGAUCGAACCACCCGGCUGCCAUGGUCGUAUCACCCGAUGGUAGCCGUGCUGUGCUGUUUGCGUUCCAGAUGCUGUCGACCACGAUGCACGAGAUCCCAGUACUGAAGCUGCAGGGACUUGAUGCUGCCGAAUGGUAUAGACUAGAUGGCGAGACGGUGUACUCUGGCGCUACUUUGAUGAAUGGUGGUAUUCAGUUUCCAUUCCAGGGAGACUAUGACUCUCGCAUUGUAUUCCUAGAGAGGCUUUGA